AUGGCUGGGGCUGCUAUAAGAAUUCAUGAAGCUGCCGGAAAGAUGAUGCAACUCUGCCGGAGAAUCGUCCACGUCAAUAUCCGGUGGAGCAUAAUAGACAAAGUUUCAAUAUUCCGGCAGUUCUUUGGAUUCAUUUGGGAUAGAAUUCUUGUUUGUUCAAUUGGAAGGCCUAUUCGGUACAGGAGAUUGUCCCGAAGAUCCCCUAAUUCUUCUACUUCUUUGCCGUCGUCCAUGGAAGCUAUAGAGUCUGGCAUAGGACAUGAAGAAGACCCCAUGACUACAUGCAGCAGUAGCUAUGAAGAGGACAUGAGUGAUUCAGAUUUAGUUGCCUUAAAAAUCAGUCUUUUGGGGGAUUGCCAGAUUGGAAAAACAAGCUUUAUGAUAAAGUAUGUAGGGGAUGAACAAGAAAAAAGAGGACUUCAGAUGAAAGGAAUAAAUUUAAUGGACAAAAUUUUCCAUGUUCGAGGUGCAAGGAUUGCUUUUAGAAUAUGGGAUGUGGGAGGCGACAAAAGUUCUUUUGAUCAGGUUCCAAUUUCUUGCAAAGAUGCUGUCGCAAUUUUAUUUAUGUUUGAUCUUACUAGUAGAUGUACACUCAACAGUAUUAUUGGAUGGUAUAACGAGGCAACGAAGUGGAAUCGGAAUGCAAUUCCUAUAUUAAUCGGAACAAAGUUUGAUGAUUUUGUCCGACUUCCACCAGAUAUUCAAUGGACUAUUGUGACUCAGGCAAGGGCAUAUGCCAGGGCUAUGAAAGCAACCCUCUUCUUCUCAAGUGCCACACACAACAUCAAUGUGAACAAGAUCUUCAAGUUCAUCAUGGCCAAUCUCUUUAACCUGCCAUGGACUCUAGAAAGAAAUUUGACAAUUGGUGAACCCAUCAUCGACUUCUGA